CCAGUGUAUUUUUCUUGCUCCUGGCUGAGUUAGGGUUCUUCCUUCUGGGCCACAGCCGCACCCGCACUCUCGCCCACUUUCCUCUGCUGAGCUGCCAUUCUCUCUGGUCUCCAUCUAUCUGCAGCUCCUACCGGCUAGUUCAUCUCAUUGGCUUUCGAUUUUAAGCGUUACUUUACGGUUUCUAAUCUGCUAAACCGUCUUCGUGGGCGUACUUGUUCACGGUGACCGCCGAUUCUCUUUCUCGGUUCUUUUUGGGCUUUGGCCAACUAUUUCCCGCUUGUUAUCAUUCAUAGUCUUCGCCAAGGAGGACUGGAGCUCCUGUAUUUUUCAGAUAGAUUGGCGCCUAGUGAAUUGCCAAGUCGUUUAUUGAUUUGAUUACCCAGUUAAGGCAGCCAAAAUGUCGCGGAAGGGUUUAAUGGAACAGGACCUAAGUAAACUGGAUGUGACAAAGUUGCAUCCACUCUCUCCUGAAGUCAUCUCUCGUCAGGCUACCAUUAAUAUUGGUACCAUAGGCCAUGUGGCACAUGGCAAGUCAACGGUUGUGAAAGCAAUAUCAGGUGUCCAGACUGUUCGUUUUAAAAAUGAGUUGGAGCGUAAUAUUACAAUCAAGCUUGGCUAUGCAAAUGCAAAGAUAUACAAGUGCGAAGAUGAAAGGUGUCCUAGGCCUAUGUGCUACAAGGCAUAUGGAAGUGGAAAAGAAGACAAUCCUAUUUGUGAUGUGCCAGGGUUUGAAAACUGCAGGAUGAAAUUGCUGAGACAUGUUUCUUUUGUCGAUUGCCCGGGUCAUGAUAUUCUCAUGGCUACUAUGCUUAAUGGAGCAGCAAUCAUGGAUGGAGCAUUACUACUCAUAGCAGCUAAUGAGAGCUGCCCUCAACCACAAACCUCUGAGCAUCUAGCUGCUGUAGAAAUCAUGCGUCUACAACAUAUAAUUAUUCUUCAAAAUAAGGUUGACUUGAUCCAGGAAAAUGUGGCUAUUAAUCAGCAUGAAGCAAUUCAGAAGUUUAUCCAAGGAACAGUUGCAGAUGGUGCCCCUGUAGUACCUAUUUCAGCUCAGUUGAAGUAUAAUAUUGAUGUUGUUUGUGAAUAUAUUGUGAAGAAGAUCCCAAUUCCUGAAAGGAAUUUCGUCUCUCCACCAAAUAUGAUUGUAAUUCGGUCCUUUGAUGUCAAUAAGCCUGGGUUUGAGGUUGAUGAAAUAAAAGGAGGUGUAGCUGGCGGAAGCAUUCUUAGGGGUGUUUUGAAAGUAAACCAGUUCAUCGAAGUUCGACCUGGAAUAGUUGUUAAAGAUGAGAAUGGGAAUAUCAAAUGCACUCCUAUAUACUCAAGAAUAGUUUCCUUGUAUGCCGAGCAAAAUGAGCUUCAAUUUGCUGUGCCAGGAGGUUUGAUUGGUGUUGGUACAACAAUGGAUCCCACUUUGACCCGUGCUGACAGAUUGGUGGGGCAAGUUCUUGGUGAAGUUGGAUCACUGCCUGAGGUCUACGUUGAACUUGAGGUUAACUUCUUCUUGCUUCGACGCUUGCUUGGUGUCCGGACAAAAGGAACUGAAAGACAAGGAAAGGUAUCUAAGCUGGCUAAAGCUGAGAUCCUUAUGUUGAACAUAGGAUCAAUGUCAACUGGGGCUAGAGUUAUUGCUGUAAAGAAUGAUUUGGCGAAGUUGCAACUCACUUCCCCUGUGUGCACUAGCAAGGGGGAGAAGAUUGCUCUGAGUCGUCGGGUUGAGAAGCAUUGGCGUCUGAUUGGCUGGGGCCAAAUCCAAGCCGGAACCACCCUUGACGUCCCACCCGCGCCUGCUCUGAAUUAGUCUGAGUGACUAGAGAGUAGAGACAGCAAGGAAAACAAGAAACAGGUUAUAUAAAUUGAGAAUUUAUAGAUGUGGGAAGGCAGACAAUUGUUGGGAACCAUUUUUUUGAGGUGGAGAAGAAAACUUUUGUGCCGAGUAUUUUCUUCUCAUUCUCGUUUGUAUUUUUUUUCCCCCUCCUCCUUUUGUCCAUUGAUGAAUUUGUAUGUUGUGCCGAUAUUUUAGAGUGGGAGCAUUUCAACAGAGUAUUCUUUUUCACAGGGACUCCUGGCUAAUAAUCAGUUUAUUGCUUCACAAUUAGUGUGACUCUAUGCUCUGCGGUGCUGGUUCAAUAUCAUACGCUAGUUUUGGGAAAGUAAUGUUUGUAUCAUUGUAUUUAUGAUUAAUAAGCUUUUUUUUUUUAAUCUGAGAUGUAAUUUACAAGUUCCUCCUGCCCUGGAGAACUGUGGGCUUCAGGAGGCUACUUCGGUUAUAUUUU